AUGCCCCCAGGAGUGGACCGUAUCGACCCGUUCCAAUUCAAGUUCCAGUUCAAGAAUGUGGAGUACUCGUCAGGUCGGAACAAGACGUUCCUGUGUUACCUGGUGGACAAGGGGAGAGCUGAUGAUGGUCUGAUGAGAGGUUACCUGGAGGAUGAACACUCAGGAGCCCACGCUGAGCAGGCCUUCUUCCUCCAGACUCUCCCAGACUACGACCCUGCUGUCAAAUACACUGUCACCUGGUACAUGUCAUCCAGCCCCUGUGCAGCCUGCGCGGCUAAGAUCGCAGAGGCCCUCCGGGCAAGGAAGACCGUCAAGAUGACCCUAUUUUCAGCCCGGCUGUUUGAGUGGGAGGAGCAAGAGAUCCAAGCGGGGCUAAAUGCUCUGUCUCAAGCGGGCUGCAAGCUGAGGAUGAUGAAGCCCAUGGACUUCACCUAUGUCUGGGACACUUUUGUAGAGAACAACGACCUAACGUUCACCCUCUGGGAGGACUGCCAGGACAACUAUGAGUACUACCACGAGAAACUGGCCGAAACCAUGCAGUGAUCACAGUGGGUGUAAGGGAG